AUGUUGAUGGAGCCUUCACCCACCACUUCUCCCGAUCGGAGAGUUAAGUUUGUGUCUUCAGCAACUCUAUGUUUGUGUUUCUGUGGAUUAGCUUUCCUGAUUAGCAGUGCCUACGCCGUUUCACAAGAAGCCGACAUUCUUUUACAGUUAAAAGAGUCGCUACAGGGCAGUGGAGCUACAGAUUUUCUACCAGAUUGGUCCAACGCCUCCGCUUCAUCUGAUUUCUGUAUGUGGCAAGGCGUCAAGUGUACAUCGACAUCAACAUCUCGUAACGUCAUUUCCCUCGCUCUUCCCAGCCGAAACCUAUCCGGCCAUCUUUCUUCUAUGAUUGUUAAGCUUAGCCGGUUGGAGGAGCUCGACCUUUCCGGCAACAGAUUAAAUGGACAUGUUCCUCCUGAAUUGGGAAAUUGCAACCGCCUUCACCACCUCGAUCUCUCAAAUAACUUUUUCACUGGUGUCAUCCCAUCAACAUUGAUCAACUGCAGCUUGCUUACUUUUCUUGAUCUGAGUUCAAAUAAUAUAUCUGGUGUCAUUCUUCCGGAGCUGGGAGAGUUGUCAAACCUGUCCAAGCUUUAUUUAUAUGCCAACAAUCUCUCUGGAGCAGUGCCCGCCUCUCUUGGUAAGCUUGCAAAUCUUCAAGAUUUAAGAGUAGGGCAUGGUAACCGCUUUACUAGCUCCCUACCAAGUGAAAUUGGGAACUGCACCAAGCUUAGAUAUAUUAGCUUUGCCGCCUCCGAUUUGAAAGGCACAAUCCCACUGGAAAUCGGCAAACUGCAAAAGCUGGAAGAGUUAAAUUUAUUUGAUAACCAGUUGAAUGGUUUUCUCCCUUCAAGCAUUGGGAAUUGCACGGCACUGGAAGUGUUUGCUGUAUAUGGAAACAAAAUACAAGGUCCUAUUCCAAGAGAGUUUGGCCUUCUCAGACGCCUCCAAAUUUUAUGGUUGUAUGAGAAUCUUCUUUCAGGGGAUCUUCCCGCUGAAUUGGGCAACAUGUCAAUGGUGCAAGAGAUAUAUGUGGGUUCCAACAAUCUUGUUGGAAGUUUACCUGGGGAAAUCGGUAGGUUGAAAAGUUUGAGUUUUCUAAACCUUUCCAAUAAUAGUCUUUCUGGCCAGGUUCCUGAAUCCUUGGCAAAUCUUACAAGUUUACAAUUAUUAGAUUUGCAAAGAAAUCGAUUGAGCGGCGCCUUGCCGGAAGGAAUUGGUUUUCUACCGAAUCUUACAGAGCUGUACAUCAGUAGGAACAGACUGGAAGGUCAGCUGCCUACAUUUCUUGGAAAUUUCAGCAAUCUGAGCAUACUAGAUGCCUAUUCCAAUCGUCUAAGCGGCGAAUAUCCUCCUCCAUUAUGUAAGGCCAAGCAACUUAGAUAUCUGACUCUUUUCGAUAAUUUUCUGGUAGGAAAUAUCUCUUUGCUUUUGAAGGAUUGCGUUUCAUUGAGAAGAGUUCGAGUUCAAAAUAACCACUUCACAGGCCACAUUCCUUCAGAUAUCUCAAAAUUAUCUGAUCUGGCUUACCUGGAGCUGUCCUUCAACAGACUUCAUGGAGAAAUACCUGCCGAGGUAGGCCAACUCAAGAACCUCACUGAUCUCAUUCUUUGUGGGAAUUACUUAAGUGGCCCUAUUCCUCCCCAAAUUGGGGAUCUCAAAUACCUGGGUAGGCUCAAUUUGAGCAAUAACAAACUCAGCGGAAAUAUUCCUUCUCAACUCGGAAGUCUCAUGCGUUUAGAAGGUCUAGAUUUCAGUCGGAACUCGCUUGAAGGUGCUAUUCCUCAACAUCUCGGCAACAACUUUUCGGACCUGCUCAUCCUAAAGUUAAGCUGCAACAAUAUAAGUGGAAGUAUUCCGGCAUCUUUCAGAGAUUGCUCGAGAUUGAUAGAGUUAGACCUAUCUCGAAACCGACUUGAAGGAUCGAUUCCAAGGGAAAUAGGAAAGCUGGUGCAUCUGUCAACUGGGUUGGAUCUCAGUUGGAACAGGCUAUCUGGCUCUCUUCCACCAGAGAUUGCAAAUCUGGUGCUACUUGAAUCAUUAGACGUCUCCCACAACCAACUAUCUAGUCAGAUUCCACCUGCUUUGUCAGGGUUAGUACUUCUUUCCAAAUUCAAUUUUUCAUAUAAUCUAUUCAGUGGCCGAAUUCCCGCAGUAAAAGCUUUCUCUGAGGGCAACGCAAGCGCCUUUGAUGGUAACGAUGCUCUAUGUGGCCCACCCAUUUCCAAAUCUUGCUUGGAAAGUAGUAAUAGUACUAGUAAUAACAAGAGUUUGGGGACAGGCAGGAUGGUUGAAAUUGUUAUUGCUGGAUUGGCUACUAUUACACUUGUCAUAAUAUGUCUUGUGUAUUACGGAAGCAGGAGCAAGGUAACUGCACAAGGUGAAGAAAUGAACAAAGAGGAGGAUACAGGCGAUGGUUCACUCAGCAAAGUGGAGGUGGAGAUUGCCAGAGGUUAUAAGCACAGGAUUACAUAUCAAGAAAUAUUGAACGCCACGGAAGAAUUCAGUGAUAAUUAUCUAAUCGGCUCUGGCAGCUUCGGAAAAGUGUACAAGGUUCUUCUGACGGAAUUGGAGAACAGUCUCACAAUAGCUGCGAAGGUCAUGAAAUUGCGGGAGGAGGGGAGAAGUAGUUUAAUGCGCGAGAUAGAAGCUCUCAACUUCAUCCGCCACAAAAACAUUGUACGUUUUCUUGGGUUCGUGUAUGGGGACACCAUCAACAUGGACGUUCUGCUCUUCGAAUAUAUGUCAAAGGGUUCUUUGGGGAAAGCACUCAAAUCAGAAAGGCUAGGGUGGAAGAUUCGACUGAAUAUAGGUUUGGGUGUGGCGCAGGCUCUGAAAUAUUUGCACCACGACUGCACACCUCCAAUCGUACACCGUGACCUCAAAUCGGCCAACAUUUUGCUGGAUGAUGAAUACGUAGCACAUUUGGCCGACUUCGGCCAUGCAAAACUGAUGUAUUCAGAAGGCCAAAGCAGUAGCUCCUCCCUUUUUGUUGGCACUCAUGGUUAUAUGGCUCCAGAAUGCGGCUCUGGAGUUAGGUUUUCCCCGAAGCAAGAUUUGUUCAGCUUCGGAGUCGUGUUGCUGGAGCUAGUUACCGGCAAAGCAGCCAUCGUGGAUGCGGGAGGAGGAGAAAGCAGAGGUUUGGCUGAAUGGGCUGCUAUCAUGAGGAAGAAUGAUGCUCACGUUGUGCUGGAUUUAAUAGAUUCAGAGCUGCUAAAUGAUUAUGAAACAUUUAGCGAUGAAAUUGAGAAAGUGAUUGAGAUUUCCCUUCUCUGCACUCGACCAUCGCCAAAAGAGAGGCCAUCCAUGCGAAAAGUGGUGGCCUUGCUUUCUCCUCCAUCUCCAGUCGUACUUCGGUAUUUAAAUAGUUAAAAUAAUUGAAUAUCUAUUUCAGUUUGCACUGGUCACAUUGUUGGUGCACACUGCAUAUAAAAUUAUACUUAUUUUUUUUAAAAGAAGGUGACAAUUAAUCUAUAUCUUUCACAGGUAAGGUAUGUAGACUCAGUUUACAUUAUAGU